GACUCUUCCCCUGCAGGCUCCUGCCUGGACUCCUCCAGCGGGACAGAGGGAGAGAUGCAGGUUGGAGAACUAGGGCGCAGGCCCCAGCUGGGGUAAACGGACCCAACGGCUGCAGAGCAACGUGGCCGCAGCCCCCAAACCUCCAAAUCCAGGCUCCGGGAGAGAAGAUGGAAAGGGCAGCGCCAAGGGGCCCAAAAGCAGGGACGGAGUUGGACAGAGGUGGGAAGGACCAAGUCCUGGGACCAGCCAUCUCAGUCAGCCCUCGAAGGUCCUGCACAGGAUGGCAAACACUGAGGACUGAGCCGCGUAAUGGGAUGUCCCAGUAUUGGGAAGAGCGACUGCAGGAGGAGCUACGGCGCUUACAGACGCCUGCGGAAGUUGUGCCGACACCAGUCUCUGCAUCAAAAAUCCCGCCGCUGCUGGAGCUGACCCCAGAGGAUGACAUUGAGGCCUGUCUGGCCUCCUUCGAGCAAGUGGCUGGUGCCUGCCAGUGGCCCAGAGGAGAGUGGGUGACCCGCCUUGUGCCGACCCUCAGUGGGAAAGCCCGACAGGCCAUUAGCAGCCUGGAUGCCCGAGACGCUGGAGACUACGGGAAGGUGAAGGCCGCCAUCCUGCGAGGCUGCGACGUUGGCAUGGAGACGCAGCGCCAGCGCUUCCGGCAGUUCCGCUACCAGGAGGCCGAGGGGCCCCGGGCCGUUUUCUGCCGACUCUGGGAGCUCUCCCAUCGGUGGCUGAAGCCGGAGAUCCGCACCAAGGAGCAGAUCAUGGAGCUGCUGAUCCUGGAGCAGUUCCUGACCAUCCUGCCGGAGGAAAUCCAGCGCUGGGUUUCUCAGCAUUGCCCAGAAACAUGUGCCCAGGCCGUAUCCCUGGCAGAGGAUUUCCAGGUCACAGUGCGUGUGAAGGUUGAGGACGUGACCCCAGAAGAGAUGGAUGCCCCUGAAGCAUUGGGGGAAUCUCAGCGUGCCCUGCAGGAGCCACCGCUGCAGCCCCAUCCCACGAGGGGAUCCCUGGAGGAGGCGCUGAGGAAGCACGAGCUGCCCUGUGCCCCUGAAAAGGAGCCCCGAGUUGGACAGGAAAUGGCAGGUGCCGGGAUCCUGAGCCGGGGUGAGGAGAAGCCUCACAACCAAGGGCCUGAAAACCUUCAGCCCCCCAGUAUAUCACAGCAGGAUUCAGGGGGGAGCAUUAAUCACAGACCAGAGCAGAGAGGAUCCUACAAGAGGCAGAAGAGGAGCUCAGCUGGAAAGGAGCCAGAUCUACCAGCGGAAUGUGAAAGCGGAUUAAGGAGGCUCACCCAGCCUUCUGCACUGGCGAGACCACAGGGCUCAGGAGACCUUCACCACCAGAGCAGCGUUCACAGGCCAGAGAAGCCCCAUAAAUGUCGAGAUUGUGGGGAAAGGUUCUGGGAGAAGCAGGCACUCACAGCCCAUGGGAGAGUCCAUGAGAAGGAGAGACCCUAUCCCUGUCCUGAAUGUGGGAAAAGCUUCAACAGAUUGACCCAUCUCAAAACCCACCAGAGAACCCACACGGGAGAGAAACCCUAUUUCUGUGCUGAAUGUGGGAAGAACUUUGGCCACCUCUCCACACUCAUUACACACCAGCGGCUGCACACAGGGGAGAGACCCUACUCCUGCGACGAGUGCGGGAAAACCUUCACCAACCCCUCAGACCUCAACAAGCACCAGCGCUCCCACACCGGCGAGCGGCCUUACUCCUGCGCCGAGUGUGGGAAGCGCUUCAGCCAGCUCUCCAACCUGACGAUGCACCAGAGGACUCACACGCAGGAGAAGCCCUACCCCUGUGCCGAGUGUGGGAAGAGCUUCAAGUACCUGGCGUACCUCGCCAUUCAUGAGCGCUCCCACACCGGGGAACGGCCCUUCCCCUGCACCAAGUGCGGGAAGAGCUUUAGUAACAAAUCCUCUCUGGCCCGGCACCUGAGAAUCCACGCCCGAGCCAUGGCCAUGGACAAGUGAGACCCUCCCGGACAAGGGCUCCUUUCCAGUUGUGUGUAUGUAUCAUGUGAAGCAGGGCCUGCAAAAAACUAGCAUCCUGCCCUCCUCUCCCACUUCAGAACCACCCCCCUUCAGACACUGGGUGUCAUGUAUUGGGGCUACUUCUUUGAGUGGACUCCCUAUCGGCGCUCCACUUUAGUUGAUGGAGUGCAUCUACUAAUUGGAGAAUUUUCAGAGCAGUAACUGGUUGGGCCACACACGUGCUUGUCCCCAAAUUGCGCCUGUAGAGGCAGCUAACUAGUUCUGUGGUGCCCCCGCACCCUGCAGGUCCUGCUCAACCGCCCUUGGUCAAGUCGGAGCUCCAGCCAUGCGCCUGCUACCCGUACCUCAAUUUAGUUGUGUUAGAUUAGUUAAGGAAUUAGUCUAGUUAGGUCAAUUGGUUAUGAACCUUUUAAUUCCUUUUCUCCCUCUUUAUCCCCUUAAGGGACGUUAUUUUCCUCAGAAUGUCAAGGUUGUCUGGCUGAUAAAUGUUGCCUCUCUCGUUGCCAGGCAAUUCCGCUUUCUGACAGACACUCACACUGUAUCCUGUGCCUGGGGGAAACUCGUGUUCCCUGAAAGUGCCCAGAUUGCCAUAAUCUAAGACUUGGAGUAGGAAAGCCAGGAGUCUGAUGGAGAAGACCUUCAUCCCGCUUCACACCUGGCUUGAAAACUUCUCCAGUUGCCCUGUCACCAUAGGUAGCUUCCAACAGACACACAUACCCCUUCAUCCUGAAAGGAAGGGACCUGUCUCCAAAAUGAUGUGGGAUGAGGAGAGCUAGCACUGCCCCUCCCAGGGCCACGUCAAGGAAGAAAUGUUCCCAGAUUCUGUCCACCACAUCGGUUCUGACUACACCACAGCAUGGUACCUUUGAGUCAGCAGGGACCUUCAGAGCCAACAGUACUAAGCAUGUAGACUCUGAGGGUAUGUCUAGACUACAGGGUUUUGUGGACAGAAGGUUUUUCGACAGAUACUGUUGACAAAGAGCGUCUAGAUGACAUCCAGUUCU